UUACCUGAGAGAUUUUAUAAUGGGCUCAACGCCUCCUUAUCACCGAUCGAACACAAAAUCAGCGUCGCGUCUCGCUCGUGUGGUGGAAGAUUCUUCGAAACAAGAAGCUCGCAAUCUCUCUCUUGAUUUGGUUCUUCCAUCUCCGAAGAGCAGCAACGAGACUCCGUUCCCAUCACCAGUCUCCCUCAGAUCCUCAUCUUCUCCUGUUCCUCUCCGCGAGAUCCUCCUCUUAUCUCAUUCCCCACUCCGCAAAUCCAAGACCCGUCUAGCCGAUCGACUCGAAAUGGCCUCUGAGGAUGCGGCGGAUCCGGUGGUGCGCAAGCGGGGCAAGGCCAAGGGAGGGCAAAAGGGUCUUUUGGCUUCUCCCAGGAAUCCCCGGAGAUCGAGGCGGAGGUCGUCGGAGGCUGUGGAAGAGAAAGAAGCUAAUAACGUACUAGUGAUGGACGAAAUCGUAAAGCCCAGAAAACGGAAGACGAAUGGUCGCCCUAAGAAAGAAAAGCAAACUUCGGCUCCUUUAGAGUUGGAGCUACCUCCUCCUUGUUCGUCUUCAGAUCUUCCAGAUGCUUGUCAAAACGACUUGAAUCGAAUCGGAGAGAUUAUCAGUGAUUUGGUAAUGUGGAGAGAUGCUGCGAAAUCAACCCUCUGGUUCGGUUUUGGAUGUCUGUGUUUCCUAUCCUCUUGCUUUGCCAAAGGUGUCAACUUUAGCGUUUUCUCGGCGGUUUCCAAUCUCGGACUUGUGUUGCUUUGUGGCUCCUUCUUCUCAAACACUCUGUGUCAAAGGAAAAACGAUGACACAAGGAGAGAUUUCCAUGUGAGUGAAGAUGAUGUCUUGCGCUUAGCCAGACGGUUCCUUCCCGCUACCAACUUUGCGAUUUCAAAGACUAGUGAGCUUUUCUCAGGAGAACCAUCAAUGACACUCAAAGUGACACCAUUUCUGCUAAUCGGAGCCGAGUACGGUCAUCUCAUAACACUCUGGAGGCUAUCUGCAUUUGGUUUCUUCCUCAGCUUCACUAUCCCGAAGCUGUAUUCAAGUUACACCCAUCAGAUUCACCUAACAGUUGAAAGAGUGAAAACGAGAAUAGGUGAAGCAUGGGGAGUGUGCUCACACAAGAAGAUCUUGGCAGGCUCUGCGGUUACAGCAUUUUGGAACUUGACAAGCAUUAGAACCCGAAUUUUUGCAGUUUUUAUCAUCCUCGUGAUACUUCGGUAUAGGAGACAGAAUCUACAGCUAAAUCCCGAUGAAGUCGAGCCUGUUGAGAAUGAAAAGCAAGAAGGAGAAACGCUUCCACAGGAAGAAGAAACACAGCCACAGGAAGAAGAGACACAGCCACAAGAAGAGCAAGCGUUAGUGAUGGUGGUUGCAGAAACUGAAGGACUAAAGAAACUCUAGUGUGUCUGUCUACCAUCCUUUAACAUUAGCUCCAAAUUUAAAUCUCGAGAGUUGAUGUGAUAAGAGAUAUAGAGGAUAUCUGUUUUUUUAUUUUAUAUAUGAGAAAUUAAGACAUGAAGAUCCUUAAACAAAAUGCAAUUUCGAGUUUGUGUUGAUGUAACAGAGAUCGUAGAGUUGACUAAAAGAAUGGAGAAUAUAUCUGUCUUUUUA